AUGAUAACUUCUGAAUGUGAUGACAAAGUUCAGAUUGUUGGAGAUGAUCUUUUGGCCACUAACCCAACUGCCAUCUCUAAAAAAAAAAGGAAGAGAAGCACAAAAUCUAGUGAAGGUAUACUUGGCGAAUUUGAGACUCAAAGGACAAAGAAGAAGAAAAAGAAGAAAGUUAACAUGCCAAAUGCAGCAGAAAUGCAGUGGAGGGCAUCUCAGGACUUUGCAGCUGAAAACUAUAUGAUGCCGCCAGGCCAUCUCUAA